AUGGCGGUCGAUUUUGCGGCAGAAGAAGCUGCCACGCUCAAGCGCUGGAGAGAAAUCGACGCCUUCCAGACACAACUGCGCCUGUCACAAGGCAACAAGCCGUACACUUUCUACGAUGGACCGCCGUUUGCGACCGGUCUCCCUCACUAUGGCCAUUUGCUGGCUUCGACCAUAAAGGACAUCAUACCAAGAUAUUGGUCCAUGAAGGGCUACUAUGUUGAACGAAGAUUCGGUUGGGACACUCAUGGGCUGCCCAUUGAGUAUGAGAUUGAUAAGAAAUUCAACAUCUCUGGGCCAGCUGCCGUGAAAGAGAUGGGUAUUGCAAAAUACAAUGCGGAGUGCAAGGCUAUUGUGAUGAGAUAUGCCACUGAGUGGAGGGAGACCAUUGACCGGUUGGGACGAUGGAUUGACUUCGACAAUGAUUACAAGACCAUGAACGCCACUUUCAUGGAGUCUGUAUGGUGGGUGUUCAAACAGCUGUACGACCAAGGACAGGUAUAUCGCAGCUACCGAGUAAUGCCUUUUUCUACCGCGCUGAGCACACCCCUAAGCCAGCAUGAAGCACAAUCAAACUAUAAAGAAGCUCAGGAUCCCGCUGUUGUGAUCGCGUUCCCGCUCGAAGAAGACCCAAACACCAGUUUCCUAGCGUGGACGACCACCCCCUGGACCUUACCAUCCAAUCUUGCACUGGCUGUCAAUCCAAAGUUUGAAUAUAUCAAGUUCUUGGACAAUGAAUCUGGCAAACAGUACAUUAUGCUCGAAAAGCUACUUCGAACACUGUACAAGGAUCCGAAGAAGGCCAAGUUUACCAUCCUGGAAAAGAUCAAGGCUCCCGAACUGAAGGGGAAACGCUAUUUGCCCCCUUUCAAUUAUUUCCACGAAGAUUUCAGAGACAGCGCUUUCAGAGUCGUCCUCGCAGAGUACGUGACAGACGACGAUGGCACUGGGAUUGUGCACCAGGCCCCCGCUUUCGGUGAAGACGAUUUCAGGGUUGCUUUUGAGAAUGGCAUCGUCAGUCACCACAAGCUGCCCCCGAAUCCCGUAGAUGAUACCGGCCGUUUCACGGCUGAAAUCACGGAUUUUGUGGGUCAGCAUGUAAAAGAAGCCGACAAACAUAUCAUCAAACACUUGAAGACUUCAGGCAGACUCGUCCGAGAAAGCCAACUGACCCAUCAGUAUCCCUUUUGUUGGCGCUCAGACACCCCUUUGAUCUAUCGCGCAAUUUCGGGGUGGUUCGUUAAUAUCGCUGGAAACGAGAAGGUUCCCAGCAUCAUUCCAGAUAUGCUUGAUGGGAUUGCCAAGUCGCACUGGGUCCCGAAUUUUGUCAAAGAGAAACGCUUUGCGGAAUGGAUCAAGAACGCUCGCGAUUGGAAUAUUUCCCGAAAUCGAUAUUGGGGAACACCCAUUCCGCUGUGGGCCAACGAGGACUACUCUGAAGUCAUUGCCAUUGGGAGUGUUGAGGAGCUGAAAAGCUUGAGCGGCUAUCCUGGGGAGAUUACCGACCUGCACCGAGACACUGUCGAUGAGAUCACCAUCCCAAGCCAGAAGGGUAAUGGUGUCCUGAAGCGGGUGGAGGAGGUAUUCGACUGCUGGUUUGAGUCUGGAAGCAUGCCCUACGCUUCAUCUCAUUAUCCUUUCGAGAAUUCCGAACGCUUCGAAAAGACUUUCCCUGGCGACUUCAUCGCGGAGGGUCUCGAUCAGACUCGAGGAUGGUUCUAUACUUUGGUCAUUCUGGGUGUCCAUCUGAAGAAAAUGCUGCCUUUCAAGAAUUGCGUUGUCAACGGCAUCGUCCUAGCCGAGGACGGCAAAAAAAUGUCCAAACGUCUGAAGAACUAUCCAGACCCAACUACGGUCAUCGACAAGUAUGGCGCAGAUGCUCUCCGUUUGUACAUGAUCAAUUCUCCCGUCGUCCGAGCAGAGCCAUUGAGGUUUAAAGAGACCGGUGUCAAGGAAAUCGUCUCCAGAGUAUUACUACCCUUCUGGAACAGCUACAAAUUCUUCGAAGGACAGGUCGAACUCCUCAAGAAGGUGGAGGACAUUGACUACGUGUUCGAUCCUGCAGCAGAGAAGACGAACACCAAUGUAAUGGAUAAGUGGAUUCUUGCAAGCUGCCAGAGUCUACUCAAGUACAUCAACGAGGAGAUGGCUGCCUAUCGGCUCUACACGGUCGUUCCCGGAUUGCUCAAUUUGAUUGAUGAGACUACAAACUGGUACAUCCGAUUCAAUCGCAAGCGUCUGAAGGGUGAGCUCGGAUUGGACGAUACUCUUCACGCUCUCAACACGUUGUUCGACGUUUUGUUCACUCUAGUAAGAGGGCUGGCGCCUUUUACUCCAUUCAUUGCCGACCUUAUCUAUUCUAAGCUCCUUCCCUACAUUCCCAAGUCAUUGUACAGCGAAGACAUGCGAAGCGUUCAUUUCUUAUCAUUCCCCGAAGUCCGCGAGGAGCUCUUCAAUGAAGUUGUCGAACGGCGGGUGGGUCGCAUGCAGAAAGUUAUUGAGCUUGCCCGGCAAUCACGAGAACGCCGAUCCAUGGGAUUGAAGACACCCCUCAAGACACUCGUUGUCAUCCACAAGGACCAGCAGUAUCUCGACGACGUCAAGUCACUCGAAGGAUAUAUCACCGAGGAACUGAACGUGCGAGAUCUAGUAUUGUCGUCAGAUGAGGAGAAGUACAAUGUGCAAUACAGCGUGACUGCGGACUGGCCUGUUCUUGGAAAGAAGUUGAAGAAGGACGUGCAGAAGGUGAAGAAGGCGCUCCCAGACGUGACCAGCAGCGAAUGCAAGGAGUACUUGUCCUCAGGAAAACUCACAGUCGCUGGCAUCGAAUUAGUCGAGGGUGAUCUGGUGAUCCGAAGAGCACUGAAAGAAGACGAUGCAUCCCGACACCAGGAAACGAACACAGAUAACGAUGUGCUGACAAUUCUAGACGCAGCCCUCUAUCCUGAACUGGCACAAGAAGGUGUUGCUCGGGAGAUCAUCAAUCGUAUACAACAGCUACGAAAGAAAGCCAAUCUUAAGCCCACCGACGACGUGAAGAUGGAGUACAAGGUGCAAGCAGAUCCCGACAAGGUUGGAAUCGAGGAAGUCUUUGAACAGCAAAGCGGCUUUAUUGAGAAGGCGCUGAGACGACCUGUAGACAAACAUGUCGUUACGGAAAUUGACGGGCAGAUACCGAACGAAGUUCAGGACAACAUCAUCGCCGAAGAGAUCCAAGAAGUUCAGAAAGCCACCUUCUUGCUGCGAUUGCUAAAGUUGUGA